UGUUAGCAUUCACGUCAUUGGCUGGCAUUUUCAGUACGUUCGAUAGUGUUGAGCGAUGUGUUGAGAUUAUCUACGGUUGCUGUGGUGAUUUCGUGUAAACGUUGGUACUAUAAUCGGAAUGAUUUUUGAAAGAAAUUGUCAGGCUUGCAGCAAUCAACCAAACGAUCAGAGUCUAUUGUUCCGACUUCAAGGUCUAUGGUACAGCCCAUAUCUAACAUCUGAAGACACAACAUGAUGGAGAAAACCGCAGCACAGAAAUUGACGUCUGCUCCAAUCUAUUUUGCCGCGACACAAAGCUUGAACGGAGACGAUACAUGAUUUUCUUCCCAGCCUUGCAAGACGUCGGUGACUGAAAUCAAUGUUUUGAUCAUAAUCUUAUAUACAUAAGUCUCCAAGCGAUACGUAAACUAUCAGCUAUAUUAGCUGCGACUCGGACCGUGAUUUUUUUACCCAAGUGGUCAAUGCUGUUGAUGCCGUGAUGAUGAAGUUUUCAUAUCGCGUUAUUGCUGUGAUCUCGCUUCUUGUGACCCUUACGAUCAUGUUUUUCCUAUUUGGUGAUAAUCUCUUACGAGCAAAAACGAGGAUGCAGCGUCAUGACAUCAUUAGCUCAGAAGUCCACACAUCGAACUGGCACACUCAGUCAAGAGCCGUCGUUAGUCACAGUAAGGAGGCUCAGGCACAGGUCCAAGGUGACGGUAGUUGUCAGCUGGCUGAUCGACUCUUGCCCACCGAUGGUCUCAGCACGUAUGACCUAUUCAACAAGAUGAAAUUGACCUAUCAAGGCAAUGCUUUAUUGGCGAUGAAGACAAAUCGUGAUGAUAAAGACAUUGUUUACAAAGAUAAGCUGACGGUAAUCCUGAUGCCGCACUCUCAUAAUGACCCUGGAUGGUUACAGACGAUUGGUCAGUACUACCUGUUACAAACAAGGCCAAUCUUGCAAAAUAUCAUGGCAAAACUUGAACAGUAUCCUAAUAUGACAUUCAUUUGGGCGGAGACUGUGUUUUUGUCCAUGUGGUGGGAUGAGUUAGAUCAAAGUGAAAAAAUUCGAGUUAAGAAUCUUAUCACGCGUGGCCAGUUAGAGAUCGUAAAUGGAGGCUGGGUAGCCCCUGAUGAAGCGUCAACGCAUUAUUUUGCCAUCAUUGAUCAGUUGAUAGAAGGGCACCAAUGGCUGGAGAAGAACCUUGGUGUGAAACCGAAGAUCAGCUGGUCACCUGAUCCAUUUGGCUACUCGUCAACAAUGCCGUAUAUUCUAAACCGCGCCGGAGUAAAGGACAUGGUGAUCUUAAGAAUUCACGACGAGGUGAAAGCAGAACUGAGGCAAAAUCAGAAUUUAGAGUUUCAUUGGCGGCAGUAUUGGGAUAAGUCAAAUGGGGAAACGGAUGCCUUCUGCCACUUGUUACCUUACGUCCUGUACAGUAUAAAGCAUUCCUGUGGUCCAAAUCCCUAUAUCUGCCUCUUGUUUGACUUUCGGAAAAUACCCGGUGAAUACGGCGAGGGAAACCCACCAAUUCUUACAAAUGAUAACAUAGAAAAAUAUUCAAAGUAUCUACUUGAUGAAUUCAGAGCAAAAGCGGAACACUUCCGUCACAACAUUAUAUUGUAUCCGUUAGGAGAUGAUUUCCGUUUUGAUCGGGAGAUCGAAUGGGACCAACAGUAUGUCAAUUAUAACAAACUCUUCAACUAUAUGAAUUCAAGAAAAGACUGGAACAUUGAUGCAAAGUUUGGUACUUUAAAAGAUUAUUUUUCAGCUGUUAAGAAAGUUGAAAAAGCAGGCAAGUUGAAGGGAGGGAAGUUCCCGACGCUGUACGGUGGGUUUUAUCCAUAUAUGGAUCGUGACGAGGAAUACUGGACGGGUUAUUUCACAACACGGCCAUUUUACAAACAGUUAGAACGUGAAAUUGAGAGCAACCUCCGUAGCGCUGAGAUACUCAACAGUCUGGCAAUGGCGUAUCAGUCCAACUAUAAAAAGCCAUUCAGACACGGUAGUGGGAAUUUGAAAAGAUUGACGACUGCUCGUCGUAGCUUAGCUCUGUUUCAACAUCACGAUGCUAUUACCGGGACGUCAAAGCCACAGACGGUUGCAGAUUACGAGGUCAAACUUUGGGAUGCAAAAGCGUCAACGAAAAAAGUAACAGUCACUGCUGCUCAGUAUUUAUUUCUGAAAGAUCUGCAAGAACCCGCCGAUGGCAAACCUGAAAAUAAAUAUUUCAUCAAUGUUGACGAUGCUCGGAGUUCGGAUCAGAUUCAUCCGGAGAAGAAGUUAGUGACUGUGACACCUGAUGGGACUAAGGUUGUGAUCUUUAACCCGGUUGGGAAACACAGAUUUGAACUGUUGCAGUUCAGAGUGAGUAGUCCCGUGAUUAAGGUGACUGAUUCCAAGGGUGACACAGUUCCCAGUCAGAUAAACCCGAUCUGGGUGGGUUCCUCCGAUGUUUCCAUCAUUGACUAUGAGUUGAUAUUCUACACUGAUCUCCCACCACUUGCAAUGAAGGUCUUCAUAUUGACGGACAUACCUGAAAAGGUCAAGGCAAGGGUUGCCGGUGUGGCCAUUACAGCCACUCUAUUUAGUAAUCCUUUCAGAGGCCAAGCAGCAAAGGAUAAAUCUAUUUUCAAUGUGAGAAGACUCGAUACUUCACCACAUUCGAGAAUCGUUUUCGAAAACCACCACAUCCGUGCAAAAUUUAACCACCGAGGUUUGUUGUUGUCUGUCACGACUCUCGAUGAUAAUCAUGUGAUUGAUAUCGCAUUGUCUUUCAUGAUGUACAACUCCCGCGGAAGUGGGGCAUACAUUUUCAUGCCCCAGAGUUCUGCUACGUCUGGAUCUGGAUCCUUCUCAAGAGAUCCAGAAGUUUCAGUGUUGCGAGGACCUCUAGUGUCAGAGGUUCGAGUUAAGUAUUACGCACUUCAACAUGUCGUUCGUAUACUGCACACUGAGAAGCCGCUAGGUGCUGCCCUACAGGUUGAAAAUAACAUUGAUUUGACGACAGACCACGAAUGGAUGGAUAAGGAAAUUAUCAUGAAGUUCACAACCUCUGUCAAAAAUGGUCAGAUCUGGUACUCGGAUUUGAACGGCUUUCAAACAGUCCGUCAUAAAAGCCACAAGAAAUACUACAUAGCGGGUAACUAUCAGCCAAUGUCAGCAAUGGCUUAUAUUGAAGGAAACGACACAAGGUUUUCCAUUUUAUCAGCACAGUCUCAUGGUGUGUCCAGCCUCAAAACUGGCUGUUUAGAGGUGAUGUUAGAUAGGAAGUUGUCAUCGGACGAUAAUCGCGGUCUGGGGGAGGGGGUGUAUGACAGUAAGAAAACGUUAAGUCAGUUUGCACUGCUAUUAGAGCGACCACAAUCUAGUCUACCACGGGUGUCUGAGGAGACUAAGCCUUCCUACCCAUCACUUCUGAGUCUACUUAUUUCAGAUCAGUUACGCCAUCCAGUGACUAAUUUCAUAGUUUACAGAAAUCCUGAGAAUUUUGUGAACACGUUCAGUCCUCUUGCGUCCUCCCUCCCUUGUGAUGUUGAUAUCGUGAAUAUGAAAACAAUGGAAUCAAAAAACAUCACUAGUGCUGCAAAUGUCGUGCUGAUUUUGCAUCGCAAGGGGUUCCAGUGUGGCUUCAGAACUUACGAUUUGGAAUGUAAGUUAACAAAUGGUGUUGUGGAGGCGAAUUUCUUGCGCGAUGUCGAGAUCAAGGACAUGACGGAGAUGACACUGUCGUUGAUGUAUGAGAAACGACUAUCUGUUCGCGGGGAAAUAAAGCUGGACCAAAUGGAAAUUGCAACUUACAAGAUGAAUUUUGUAUGACUUCACGGAUGAUACUAUCCAUGUUUAGAUGAUGAUAUGUGUUGAUUGCAUCGCGAAGAGGAUAGAGGUGGAUCCUUUUGGUUGAAGGAGGACCCGGAAAAUUACUGUUAGUCAUCACAUAUUUUUUCUUUGGGGGUAGUUGGUUUUAAAUCUAGUGAUUGUUACCAGUAACUUGCUCCACAUCUCUGUUAUUGUCUUGAGGCAAUUGAAAUGCCACCUUGUGGACAGUUAUGGAACUGAAUAUAGGUUCUCGUGGAGAGAAAAGGAGAAACCAAACUAUUAACUCGGUUAGGAUCUUGCGGCUUUCAGGCUGGCAGAAUCUAGCUUGUAAUGGAUUACCAUUACAGAUCUUGAGCUCUCACUCGCCACUCGAGGAAGAAUGAGGGACUUACGAUCCUCUAUUGACAAACCAGAGACCCUGUUAGCUCCAUGGCCUGUGCUUUCUGAGCCAAACAAGCAUGAUGGGUGUCUUCUAGAUUCCUGCUUAGGAAUGUGGCGCAUUGAGAAGGAUGCCGCAGCCUCUGAUCGAUGUUACAGUGUCCUGAGAGGGUUAUCACUUCAUCUCCAAUCAAAUAUAUCAAGAAUCAAAGCUUCAGUUUGGUAUCGUCUUUUACACUAAUCAAGAAAACUUAGUCACAACUCAUGCAUAUUUAUCACUGUUUGGUUAGUUCACAUACUCAGUUCUGGUUCCAGAUACUUGCGAGUCUCAAAACAAACAAAAGAUGUUUUUCGUCUGUGAAUUUUUGUGUCAGGUACAUCAGAUUAGCUUUUGAGGGUCAUCGGGUUUUUCAAGCAAUCCAGUCCAUACAACCAGUUUUCAGACAUACUCUUAACCACGUUUGUUAUUGUUCAAGUAGAAUGUAAAUACUUCUAUCUUUUAGAGGUCAGUUCAGUAAAGAUGAUGCCUUUACUGUUUGAGUUAUGACACCAUUUCGAGACAGCAUGUACUUUAAUGGAGUGGCCUCAUUAAGUUAUGAUGUAUAAUUAAAUGAAAAAAAAAAUCAAUCAAAUUGAAAGAAAAUGAAGUGUAAAAGUGCUGUUUGUGGCCCGGUGAUGUUUGGCGACACUUUUUAUCUAAGCUUGUCGGUAAAAAUUAUAUGUCGUCGCAUUUAGUCCCAAAAACGAUGAUCUUCUUACACUUUACAGUUACUUUUGGGGAGGUUGAGCAUAAAAUGGAGGGUGGGUGGUGCUGACCUGUCCAAGCAAAAGAAUUCUGUUUUUCUGAUCUCAUCUCAGAAAAUGGAUCGUUUCAGAUCAUCACAGAUGACCAAAUGAAAGCAGAGUUUCUACUGUGAGGCACUGUACUGAAUAUGCUUAGAGUAUAUUUAUCAAAAUAGUAUUUUUCUAUACAUUGUAAAUAGAAAAAAAAGCAACAUGUUGUACAAUUUACAGCGUGUUACAAAUAGUUUCAUACUCAUGGUCGGAAUGACCGUACAGACACAACAUCACCAAGUGGUGUUUCUUUGGUCAAGACAGACGCUUUUGUAUGAUGUACCCAUUUAGGAAAUUAUCAAUUGCAGGUUUAAAGCCCUCAAUUGCCUAAUUCAGGGCUUUAAACCUGACGUUGCGUACUUCAAAAUUAAGUGUUCUGACAACCCGGUAAUAGUGAAUUCAACAUUUUUGCAAUGAUCCAGAAACUCAAAAUGAAAGGCACAGGAAUUUGUCUGUAUCUCGUAUUGUAAUAAGAGGUAUUUUCAACGUUUGGUUUUAGACUGCCUGCUCAUUUAAAGCCGAGCCAGAUUCCCCUAGUCUGUACUUAUGGACAUUUAAUAAUGAAUGGGAAGCUGGUUCAAGCCUGUUUAAUUGAGAAGACACAGUAUGUUUUAGGGUCUGGCCUAUACUCGAUAUCCUGAGCAUAACGAAAUAGUGGCCUGCUCAGAAACUUCAGUAUGCCGCAUGUCUAGUAUGGUAUGUCCAGUUUGCCAUACUCGUAAAUGUUUAAAAUUUAACCUUGCUACUAAUUACUGGAGACACCUUGUUUAUUGGGUGCUAUUCAUGACAGGCUGGAUAUUGAGUAUAGGCCAGACCUGGACAUGUGUGCACUUUCGAGUAUCACCUACACCUGGUUACAGAAAGAUAGAUUUGUUACACAGUGUAAUGUUUAUAAAAUAUUUCAUGUCACUCUUGUAAAUUAUCAUUUUUCUGUUAUUGUUUUGAGAUAAGUUUAUGUAAUGUAAUACUCCUUCAGUUCAGGACAGGUGCUGCUUGCCCUUUCUGUGCUUUUAUUAUAGUUAAACAGGUUAUAUAGGACCUGUCCUUAUGUAUUUGUAGCUUAGUUGUAGUUUUGGUCAUUUCUUAUAGGAUACAUCCUAAACAUUAUUUUAAAAUGAACUGUUUAUAGGACCUUCACAUCUGUAACAAUGAGCUGGUGAAGAUAGGAAGAAUUGAUAGGAUAGAUGGGCGGGAAACUUUGAUCUAGUGACUGAAAGUGGGAAACUUAAAUGGUUGUAAAGCUCAAUCUGGCAGAACCUUGAAACAAAAUCUAAAUUUUUUCUCUGCAUUUUCUAAUGAAAUUUUUUGUUCAAAAGUCGGUUGAGUGCUUACAUGAAAAAAAGGUUGGCGAUGGUUUUUUUGCUGCAGCAACACCUUUUGUUCUGUUCGUGUUUGACACUUUGAUUCAAGCUCUACAUGUAUUUUAUUCAACAACUAAUCUGUUUGAUGACUCAACACUAAAUAUUUGUAAUAUUUCCUAUAAGUGAGAGAUUUUCUUGUGUAAAAUGAUCAGUUUUUCAUUGGAUUCAAUCCUAUGGAUUUGUUCAAAAGUCGGUUGAGUGCUUACAUGAAAAAAAGGUUGGCGAUGGUUUUUUUGCUGCAGCAACACCUUUUGUUCUGUUCGUGUUUGACACUUUGAUUCAAGCUCUACAUGUAUUUUAUUCAACAACUAAUCUGUUUGAUGACUCAACACUAAAUAUUUGUAAUAUUUCCUAUAAGUGAGAGAUUUUCUUGUGUAAAAUGAUCAGUUUUUCAUUGGAUUCAAUCCUAUGGAUUGUGGUUAGAAGGUAUCAUGAUGUGAUACUCUCUCAUUUAUUAACGGGUGAUGGACACUUGAAAGUCAUCAUGUAACAAAUUAUUUAAGAAAUAGCAAUGUGUCUAUCUAUAAACUUAUUGUCUUCCUUCAUUUAUU